AUGUUGGCACAACCUUUGGUGUCCGGCGCCGUUGUCGGCCUCAUGGCGCUCGGUGCCUCCGCCCUCCGGACCCCUCGCGAACCUCGUUCGCUGACUCCUCGUGUUACUCUCCCGUCUGGCUCGUCCGGGAAGGGUAUACAGACACGACCCGUCUCGUCCGCGGUGUCUUCCUCUGACGGCUCUGCGACUGGAUUGGCCAACGUGAACAACGGAUGGUAUCUUACGAACAUCACACUGGGCGGCUCCGAGUUCACCGUGCAGCUCGAUACUGGCUCGACUGACCUCGUCUUGUACCCGGAUCUGCCCAUCAAAACCUCUGCUGUGUGGAAUGACUAUGAGAUCAACGCUACGUACGGUACCGGGUGGACAGCCGGGCCUAUCGCAGUCGCGAAGCUCGAGUUUGGCGGCUAUACAGUCGAGUCUCAAGCCUAUCUCAAUGGCACAUCACUUAGCGACUGGGACAAGCAGUACGCUUUACCGCUCGGCAUCGUCGGUAUCAUGGGUGUCGCACUCGACUCAGGCCUAUCAUGGAUCCACGACGAGCUCGAGCAAAUCUACGACACGAAGACAGCGAACGAAGUGGGCCGCAGCGUCCUCGCUAACGUCUUUGAUCAACAUCCCACCCUGGACAACUUCACCGUCGUGUACCUCGGACGCAGCGACGACGGCGAAGGUUCUGGAUCGGGUUAUAUCUCCGUCGGCGAAUACUACCCUGAGGAGCUGGAGGACUACUUCGAUAGCAUCGAGGCUAUCAAGACGUUUACGCCGACGGAUUGGACUGUGCCGAUGGAUAGGUUGACGGUUAAUGGGAAGAGCGUUGCGCUUAAGUCCGGGGUGAAAGGCGCGCCUGCUGGGAAGGCUAUCGCGGAUCUCGAUACGGGGACGGGCGAUGCUGCGGUGCCCAAGUACGUCUUGGAUGCGAUGUAUGGGGGUAUCUCCGGCGCGUGGUACAGCGAUGCCUUCGAGGCUUGGAUUGUGCCGUGUCUCAACGAUGCGCCGAACAUCACGUUCAACUUUGGAGGCAUGGAGUACUACAUCCACCCUCUCGAUCUCACCGAUGUCCAAGAUCUUCGUCCGGACUACAACUAUACCGUCUGUACAUCAAGCUUCGGCGAGCUUGACUUCGAUCAGGACGAGUUGGACUUGCUAUUGGGUGACUCGUUCCUGCGCAACGUCUUCACGAGCUUCUACUAUGGCGACGUCGACACGAAAGGAAACGUGGUCAAGUCUCCGUCGGUCAAGCUGUUGUCAGCAUCUCAGGGCGACGAGGAGGACUACGCCGACUUCUUGACCCGUCGCCGUCAGAACCUCGCAUCUUUACCUCCGGAAGCCACCAAGGCGCAGAUACAGAAGGCCUACCCGCAGACGGACUCCAGCAGCAGCGACGCUGCUGUAUCUGAUGCUGCCGUUACUUCGUCGAGCACAGACUCGUCGUAUCAAGCGCUCCUCGACAAGCUCGAUGGAUUUGCACCCGUCAUCUUCGGCUUGCUCGGUGGUAUUCUUGUCGUCUUGCUGGGUCUUCUGGGUGUAGGCAUUGCUAUGUGCAUUCGACGGGGCCGGGUUGUAGGCGCUGGACGCUCGGUGGAGUAUGCGCCAGUACGCUUCAAGGAGGCCGAAGGAUCGUAUAAGGAUGACGAGAACGCCCGGUAUAAUCAGUAG